AUGUCCAGCCAAGACAACGCUGGCAUUCGCCUCGACUUUGCCCCAGACGGCAGAAACUACAGGCUGUUUGAGCUGCCACCCGAGCUCGAGAGUCUUCUACAAUCUCCCACCGCACCUGUUCUCUACCUGAAGCAGCCCGAGAACGAGUCUUCCGCGGUCCUCACGAACGUACAAGGAAAAACCUACACCCUGCAGCAGAAGAACACCUCCAACUCACUCCUACUCCUUACUCCUUCCUCGACGACAUCUCACCCCUCGCAACCAGGAGAGUCGACUCAGACGACACAUCAUGGCCUGACUGCUGUUGCUGCAUUGCAUGAGACCAUCGAGCUCGUCACGCAAGCACCGACAGCUGAACAAAAGGCGAGGGGGAAAUGGCACGAAAGGUUCGGGAGGAACCGGUGA